CGAAAAUUAAACGAUUAUUGCAAUAAUAUCAAUAGAUAUUUGUAAAAAUUUCAUCUGAUGGGAAUACCAGCGGGUAAUGUAGAAAACGGUAAAAAGAUAUUCCAACAGAGAUGCGCUCAAUGUCACACCGUCGAAGCAGGUGGAAAACACAAAACAGGUCCUAACCUCUAUGGAUUAAUAGGAAGAAAAACUGGAUUAUCUCCAGGCUACAGUUAUUCCGAUGCGAAUAAACAGAAAGGAGUUACAUGGACUGAAGAUACGUUAUUUGAAUAUCUUGAAAAUCCGAAAAAGUUUAUUCCAGGUACCAAGAUGGUGUUCGCCGGAUUGAAAAAGGCUAAUGACCGGAUAGACUUAAUAGCAUAUCUUAAAGCUUCUACGAAGUGAUUUCUUUUAUAAUUGAAGUGUUAGUUGUGUUAAUUUUGUUUCAUAGUUCAGUCAAGAAAAAAUAAAUU